AUAUUGAAGCAAAGACAAAAGACAAUGGUGUCUCUACUCUCAGUUGUUUUGACUUUUCUUGCCCUUUUCCUCAUUUCUGGUCUCUUCAUCUCUCGGCGACUAAAAGUUCCUCUCUCCUCGAAAAAUAUCCUCAGAUUCAUCAAAGUCGCAGCUUACGAUGAUGCGGAAGAGAGGAACGAGAAAGGUGGUGCGACGGGAGCGAAAGAGAAACGAGGGAGAAUGCCAAAGCAUGUGGCGGUUAUAUUGGACGGAAACAGACGUUGGGCGGAGAAACGAGGACUCGGGACAUCCGAAGGUCACGAAGCUGGAGCAAGAAGACUCGCGGAGAAUGCUAAGGACUGUUUCGCUAUGGGGAUAAACACUAUCUCACUCUUUGCUUUCUCCACUGAAAAUUGGGCAAGACCUGAGGAUGAAGUUAACUACUUGAUGGCAUUGUUUGCAAAAUACUUAAAGAAUGAGAUGCCUAACUUACGAAGAGAUAAAAUCAAGAUCUCAGUUAUAGGAAACCGGGAAAAAAUCCCCGAGUCGCUUCUAGGUUUGAUACGCGAGGCGGAAGAAGCUACAAAGAGCUACAUAAGGAAGCAAAUCAUUAUAGCGAUAGACUAUAGUGGAAGAUUUGAUAUCUUACAAGCUUGCAAAAGUCUUGCGGAAAAGGCCAAAAAGGGUCUGAUUCAAGUUGAGGAUAUUGACGAGACGACGAUGGAGAAAGAGUUGAUGACAAAGUGUUGUGAGUUCCCAAACCCUGACCUAAUGAUCAGAACGAGCGGAGAGCAAAGGAUCAGUAACUUCUUCUUAUGGCAAUCUGCUUACACUGAGCUCUACUUUCCUAAUGUUCUAUGGCCUGACUUCGGCGAGGCUGAGUAUCUUGAGGCCUUGACUUGGUACCAGCAAAGGCAGAGGCGGUUUGGUCGACGAAUUUAA